GGUUGCGACCCGCCCCCUUGCCGUUUGGGAGCCCGCGAAGGCGUGACCAGGCCGGACCAGGAGGCUAGGGAUGGGCGGAACCGACCGCCUCGGGGCGGGGUUAUGACCACCCUCUUUCCCACACUGCCCCGCGACCGGAAGGGAGAACCGUGGUUUCCGGAAUCUCCUCCCCCUGUCUCCCGCCGCUUGGGGUUGUUCGUCUGUGGUGCGGUUGGCGAUUUAGUGUCUUUGCUGGUGAUGGCCGCGGCUGUCGCUAUGGAGACAGAUGAUGCUGGAAAUCGACUUCGGUUUCAGUUGGAGUUGGAAUUUGUUCAGUGUUUAGCCAACCCAAAUUACCUUAAUUUUCUUGCCCAAAGAGGUUACUUCAAAGACAAAGCUUUUGUUAAUUAUCUUAAGUACUUGCUUUACUGGAAAGAACCAGAAUAUGCCAAGUAUCUAAAGUACCCUCAGUGUUUACAUAUGUUAGAACUGCUCCAAUAUGAACACUUCCGAAAGGAGCUGGUGAAUGCUCAGUGUGCGAAAUUCAUUGAUGAACAGCAGAUUCUACACUGGCAGCACUACUCCCGGAAGCGGAUGCGUCUUCAGCAAGCCCUGGCAGAACAGCAACAGCAAAAUAAUACAUCAGGAAAAUGAACAGCUGGAAAUAGCCCAGGGUCUUAAGACAUGUAUAUAAUGUAUUUCAUUGUACAGUGAAGAUGAAGUAAGACUCCUCUUCCUAUCUACCUUUGUUGUGGUAGCACCUGGAACCUUUAAUGUGCUUUUUAACCUGACUUUUUUAUUGUUAGUAGAUUAUUUGUUAAACCAGAAUUGCUCACUUUGAUUAACCUGUGAAUUUGUAAGUUUUUAUUAGCAAUUAACAAUCAACUGGAAAUAAUGGACUUGUUAGGUGCUUUGGACCUGUUUAAGGAGAUGCUGGGCGUGGCAGAAGGGAGGGCCAUUAAGUAUACAAAACUCUAAGCCUAGUUGUUUCUGAGAUACAAUAGUGCCUUGGGCAAGUCCAUCGCUUGGAACUUACUAUCUUUCACAUCAGCAGUCCACAUGUCUUACCUACAGAAUGAAAGGGUUGGAGUCAAGGAUCUAAGUCAGAGCAGGAACUACAGUAUAUAAAGGUUCUUAUAUUCUGCAGGAGAGGACAUACCUAUAUCGCCCCUGCUUUGCAAGAUAGCUUUAUGAAAGGAUCAUUGGUAUGUCACUGACCUAGUGAGGGAGAGGGAAGAUUGGUGGUAAACUGCUAAUUGCUUUUGACCUUAAAUUAAAACAAAGAUAAGGUGCCUCAAAUGCUUCCGCUCAUUAGAGAAAGUUAACAUUUGGUCAGUACAAAAAGCUAGACGUUACAUUAAAUGCUUCUAUGCAUUCUCAUUUUUUCCCCCACAGAAUUAUCCUUUGUAAAGAAGGAAACUGAGGUUUAGACAACUUAACUCACUUGUGGUUACACAUCUAGUAAGUGGUAGAAUCAAUGUGCCUGACUCACAAGCUGAUGUUCUUCCCACCACUAGGUUUUGUAGUGUCCAGCCCCUUUUCCUCCCCUGCCUCAUCGAAAAUGAAGCACAUUCAGACAACUAUAAAAUCUGCCUGUUUUAAGCAGA